AUGUCGAGUUGGAGCUAUCCAGCAGUGGCGGUGCCUGCGGUGGUGACGAGGGCCGAGAUCCUGGCGUGGCGCGAUGCGCUGUCGGCGCCCGUGCGCGAGCGAUCGUGGCUCUUGGUGCUUACUUCGGCACUGGUCUCCUCUCACCACGGGCCCGAAACCGUCAGGACGCUGUACGAACUUGCGCUUUCCGAAAGCGCGGCCGACAAAGCGGCGGCACAAAGCAUCCAACGUCGCAUCCAGGAGACCCUCGUCAAGGGCAGUGUGAUCUUUGGCAUCCCCCCGGCCCUCGAUACGGUCUUUGAGCUGCUGGCGCACAUUCGAUCCUCGGCUCCAUCCCACCUGCUGACAAAGGACGACUUUACGAGGUCGCAUCUGCUGGAUCAACCCGUCUCGUCCCUUGGUGCGAAAGCCGAAGAGGCACUCAGAAGGGUGUACCGCCAUAAUUUGGACGAGAUCCUAGACGUCAAGAUGAACGACAACAUGCAGGAUCUCAAGUUUUUGACGCUCGACGUCAACUACGGCCUCAACCUCGCUCAGCAGGGCGUGGUCGAUUGGAGAGAUACCGAGCUGGUCGUGCUCGCCGCGCUCGUCACGCAGAACUGCCGCGCAGAGGUGCUCUGGCACAUGCGUGGCGCUAUGCGUGCAGGCUGGUCCGAGCAGGAUGUCCAGUCUGUCAGGAAGGUCGCAAUCGACAUUGCUACGCGUCUCGGCAUGCGCACCGACAAGGUUCCAGCCCUCGAGAUGGUCAGCGAAGACUCGAAUGACUAG